UCAUCUUCAUCAUCUGCUUCCUAACUCUCUAAUUUGGAUCAACAUCUGAUUAUGGAGCUAACGAGACAUUUCAUAGACGUAACCGUUUUGCUCUUACUAUCCAUGAACGUUGGAAAUUCCAGAGACACUAUCACACCCUCAGAUCCCCUUAAUGGACCAGAAACUUUAAGCUCUAAUAAUGGCAUGUUCCACCUUGGAUUCUUCACGCCAACAAACUCCUCCUACCUCGGAAUCUGGUACAUGUCCAACCCUCCUGUCGUGUGGGUUGCCAACAGAGACCAACCUAUAAACGAUUCUUCUUCUGCUCUACUCCAAAUAUCUCAGGAUGGAAACCUUGUUGUCAUGGAUAAUGCAAACAACAGUAGGAUUCUUCUUUGGUCAACAAACCUCUCCAAUAUUUCAUCCAACACAACAGCGCAGCUUCUUAACACCGGCAACCUUGUGCUGCAAGAAAACACCACAGGAAGGUUCCUAUGGCAGAGUUUCCAACACCCUUCAAACACGUUAUUGCAGAAAAUGCAGCUCAGCACAAACAAGAUCACCGGUGAGAAAGUAAAACUCACUUCAUGGAGAACUUCUCAGGAUCCAUCCAUUGGAGACUUCUCCUUGAGUCUCGAAGGCCUUAGUAGCCCUGAAAUGGUCGUCUGGAAGGGAGUUCAACCUUACUGGCGUACCGGUCCGUGGAACGGUGUAACUUUUCUUGGAAUACCUGGAGAUAACAUAAACAAUCUUGAUGGAUUUUACUUGGAAAAAUCGUAUGAUGAUAACGGCACUUACUAUCUUUCUUUCAACUUUGCAAAUCAGUCCUUGUUGUUGAUCUGUGUGUUAACAGCUGAUGGAAACAUGAAAGACUAUUAUUGGGAUUAUGGGAAGAGAAAUUGGUCAAUCGUAUGGACAGCUAUUAACUCAGAGUGUGAUGUUUAUGGAAAGUGUGGAGUAUUUGGAAUCUGUGAUCCCACAAGUCAACCUAUUUGUAGCUGCUUAACAGGGUUUGAACCAAAGAAUGCUACUGAAUGGAAUAGGCAAAAUUGGAGUAGCGGUUGUGUUAGGAAGAAAGCUCUUCAGUGUGAGGAUAAUGGGUUUGUGGAGUUGCAGAAUACUAAGACACCAAACUUUGUAGAAUGGUCCUCUCCUACUGAAUAUGAUUGCAGAACUCAGUGCAUUGGAAACUGCUCUUGUGAAGCAUAUGCAUAUGAUGCUGGUAUUGGUUGCAUGCUAUGGGGUGGGAACUUAAUUGACAUUCAAAGGUUCUCAAGUGGAGGAACAGAUCUUUAUAUUCGUGUUCCCAAUUCAGAUCUUGGUAAAAAGAAAAAUAAUGUAACAGUAAUCAUCUCAGUUACAGUCACGGUAGGAGUGAUUGUCCUUGUGUCAUGCACAUUUAUCUUGUGGAAAAGAACUUCAAGGAAAGAUAGAGCAAAUUCCAGAGUUCAGGUCAGAAUUCAGAAAAAUGAGCUUCUUGAGCUUUCACAGUUUGAGUUUGAAAGGCUUGCUAUAGCAACAAACAACUUUCACUUAGAUAAUAAGCUAGGACAAGGGGGUUUUGGACCAGUAUAUAAGGGUACAUUGGAAGAUGGGCAGGAAAUAGCAGUUAAAAGGCUUUCAAGAGCAUCUGGACAAGGCCUAGAAGAAUUUAUGAAUGAGGUGUUGGUAAUAUCAAAGCUUCAACAUCGAAAUCUUGUCAGACUUCUUGGAUGUUGUAUAGAAAGAGAUGAAAAGAUUUUGAUCUAUGAAUACAUGCCAAAUAGGAGUCUUGAUGCAUAUAUGUUUGAUCCAUCUAAACAGAUUCUAAGUUGGGAACAACGUUUUGAUAUAAUCGAAGGAAUAGCUCGUGGUUUACUUUAUCUUCACAGAGAUUCUAGAUUAAGGAUUAUACAUAGAGAUUUGAAGUUAAGCAAUAUAUUACUUGAUGGAGAAUUAAAUGCAAAAAUUUCAGACUUUGGCAUGGCAAAGAUUUUUGGUUACACGGAAGAUGAGGCUAAUACUCGAAGGGUUGUCGGAACAUUUGGUUAUAUGCCACCAGAAUAUGUUAUGGAAGGACUAUUUUCAGAAAAAUCCGAUGUAUUCAGUUUCGGUGUUUUAUUAUUGGAGAUCGUUAGCAAGAGAAAAAAUACUAGUUUUUAUGAAGAUGCAGAAUCUUUAAGCCUUAUUGGAUUUGCAUGGAAAUUGUGGAAUGAUGAUAAGAUUACAGCUCUAAUAGAUCCAGAAGUAGCAAACAUGAGUAGUCUUGCAGAUAUAAUGAGGUGCAUUCACAUUGGACUUUUGUGUGUGCAAGAACUUGCAAGGGAUAGACCUACUAUGACUGCAGUAAUUUCAAUGCUUAAUAGUGAAACUGUUAAUCUUCCUCUGCCGAAGCAGCCAGCAUUCAUGCAUAGGCAGACAAUGUUGGAUAUAGAGUCUUCUCAUAGAAGUGAUGGAUCAUAUUCCAUCAAUUAUAUCAGCUUAACAAACAUCCAAGGAAGGUAGCAGAUUGGUUAUUUAACCUCUGAUCGCUGUAAAUCAGAAUUGUAAGCUUUAUUUUAACUUGAAAAAUCCAAAUUAGUUAGAAGAUCAACCAUGUUUCCCCGAAAUCCAUUCUUGUUCUGAUAAUUUUAUUUACUCUUGUGCAUGUUAUAACAUAUAUACAUUGUUAUAUAUUAUGUA